AUGGUCGAUUUCAACGUUGAAAAUAAAAUUGUUUUAAUUACCGGGGGUACAAGAGGAUUAGGAUUAUAUUGUGCUGAAGCAGUUGUUGAAAAUGGAGCUAAAACAGUUAUAAUUUCAUCAAGAAAACCAAAAGCUUGUGAGGAUGCAAAAGCUCAUUUAGAACAAUUAGCUAAAAAAGCAGGUAAUAAUAAAUGUGAAGUUAUUGCAAUUCCAGCAGAUUUAUCUGUAGAAGAACAAUGUGAAGAUUUAUUUAAAAAGAUCAGUGAAAAAGUUGAUAAAUUAGACAUAUUUGUUGCUAAUGCUGGUGCAACUUGGGGAGCCCCAUUAGAAGAUCAUAAAGUAUCAGCAGUUAAAAAAGUUAUUAAUUUAAAUUUUGUUGCUGUAUAUCAUUCAAUUCAAUUAGCUACUCCAUUAUUAGAGAGAGCGGCAACUCAAGAAGACCCUUCAAGAAUUAUUAUAAUGUCAUCAAUUAUUUCACUUUUACAUAAUGAUUCUGUAGGAACUUAUGGUUAUUUAGGUUCAAAAGCUGCUGUAUCUCAUUUAGGUAGAAAUUUAGCAGUACAAUUUGCUCCAAGACAUAUUAAUGUUAAUUCUAUUUUACCUGGGUUUUUCCCAACUAAAAUGGCUAAUGGAUUAAUUGAAGCUGCUGGUGAUAUGUUGACUGAAACUAACCCAAGAGGUAGAUUAGGUGAAAAGGGAGAUCUACAAGCUGCUUUGUUAUUCUUAUGUUCAAAACAAGGUAAUUACAUUAAUGGUGUUGAUCUUUGUGUAGAUGGAGGAGCUAGAUUAGCAAAAAUGUAA